AUGGAGGAUAAACGAGUUGACCAAGACGGGACAAACGAUGAAGGUGAUCUUAGUAAAAUAUGGAGCGAAUUCGCGAGUGUGACCACCUCACACGGCAUUCAGCGCAUGAAUAAUGCUAAAAGUAAAAAAUACUUAAAAUACGAAGUUGACGUUAAUUUCAAAGUUGAACAAGCCAAGUCAUUAAAAUUCCCGGCCGUCACCAUCUGCAACAACAAUCCCAUUAGAAAAUCCCUUCUAAAAAGCUCUCCUGCUUUUGAACAAAUUCAUGCACUGGUUGAAGAAUACGUCCAGAUAUAUAAAUUCUCUUUCUGCCGUGACAACGAUUCACUUUCGGAAGAUUCUUACGAAAACGAGGAGGCAAGUGAUUGUAUUCCGUUUUCAGAGGCGUCAGUUUCAGAAUUUGAAAAAAGUUUAGACACUGAUGUAGGAGUUAGAAUAAAAGAAACGUAUGAAGCUUUAGAAGAAAGUUACAAGUUUGAUGCUGGUCACCAAUUUGAUCAAUUAAUAUUGGACUGCGAAUUCGCUGGUGUUUCUUGCAUGGAUACCAAUGAUUUUGUGCAUACUGUAAACAAUGUCUAUGGAAACUGUUACACCUUCAAUUCUGCAUUGUUAGCUAAAGAAAUCAAGGUAACCAAACUGUCUGGUCCUAAAUAUGGUUUGAAAAUAACAUUCAACGUUGAGCAGAAUGAAUACAUUGAGACAUCUGAAACUGCAGGCUUGAGAGUUCUCAUUCACGAUCCCCAACGUAUGCCCUUCCCAGAGGAUGAAGGUUUCUUAGUGGCUACAAACGCGCUCACCCAUGUUGCAGUUGAAGUGGUUUGUUUUGUAAGAGGGAAUUUUUUAUUAGUAACAUUUUAUUAUAAGGAAACUAUGCUUAGAAUGAACGGAAGUUAUGGGAAUUGUUACGCAGAAGGUCUGCCAAAGGAAACAAACUAUCAGCAUCAGUACAACUUGAGCUACUGCCAAAAAGGAUGCCAUUACACACGCCUGAGCGAGGAAAUAUACCACAGGCGUGCAUGCGUCGACGUCAAGUUCACUGCGAUGUUGAAUGUGCCGAAGUCCAGAAAAAUUUGUUCAACCAGCAACGAAAUUGAAAAAAACUGCGCAAACGAAACCUUAGCAGCGUACGAAGACGGCUUACUGUUUGGUUAUGAGAUGUGUCCACCACCUUGCAAGGAAAAUAUUUACAAAACAUCUAUCAGCUCAUCUAAAUGGCCAGCCAAAAAUACAAAGGAUCUAAUGGCAUCAUUCAUAGAUAAAAUCUGUCGUGUAGCCGAACACGAAGAUAAGUCAUGUAACAUAGACAUAAAAGAUUGCGGGAUGCUCUUCAUCUAUUUUGAAACUCUUUCGCAUUUAAUCGUCGAAGAAUCUCCGUCGUAUGAAUUUCAUCAGUUGCUGUCUGAUAUCGGAGGUGUCCUGGGAUUGUACAUAGGCUUCUCACUGCUGACCAUCGUGGAGUUCAUUGAAUUAAUUUUUGAAAUUUGUAGAGCGAGAUUUCGCAAAAGAUGUUUAAGAAGAAAAAAGAUUUCAAACGCCAGAUCCGCUGAGUUACGCCAAUUAAGUUAA